UCUCUCUCUCUCUCUCUCUCUCUCUAAAAGAGGGAUGGGUGCACUUGAUUACCUCUCAAACUUUUGCAGUGUAACUGAAACAAAGAGAACAUUAUUGAGAAGAAAUAGAAGAAAGCCGUUUCAGACUGUGGAGUUGAAGGUGAAGAUGGAUUGUGAUGGUUGUGAAAGAAGAGUGAGACAUGCUGCUCAAUCAAUCAAAGGAGUCACAUCAGUGGAGGUGAUCCGAAAGCAAAGCAGGGUAAUCAUCACCGGUCACAUUGAACCUCACAAGGUGCUAAAGAAGGUGAAGAGCACCGGAAAAAGGGUGGAGUUCUGGCCUUACGUCCCCUACAACCUCGUCUCCUACCCUUACGCAGCUCAGGCCUAUGACAAGCGGGCCCCAUCGGGGUUCGUCCGUAACGUCACUCAGGCUCUCCCGCCGCCAGGGGCGGCAGAUGAGCAGUAUGUGUCCAUGUUUAGUGAUGAUAACCCUAACGCUUGCUCCAUAAUGUGAGCAAAGGAACUAUGUAUUGUAUAACACUUUGUGUGUAAGUUUGUCAUAAUGAGUAGUAAAUGCACUUGUUUAAUUA